GGUAAUAAACGUAAUUACAAUCCAGGCAUUUUGCUAGCGGCCGGUGCGAGGCUCCGCCUGCGACGCAUUUGGCACCAGAGCUCUUGAUACAUUCCUUGGUGUCACGAGCUUAUCACCACCCCUUCAUGCUGUUAACCACAACCCAACUCGCAGUCUCAAUAGACAGGCCAAUCCAGUCGAGUUCAGUCGCGUUCAGUGUAAUACAUAAGCAGUAUGUCAGCUCGGUCGCCUUCUCGGGACUCACCGCGCCGAUCAUUGUCACCGCGUUCGCCCGCCAAGCAUAGUCGCAGCCCAAGCCAAACACGCAGCUAUGGAGGAGGAAGGUCUCGAAGUCGCUCGUUCUCACGAGAUCGUGAUGAUUCACGAAGCCCUAGGCGUGGGGGUGGUCGAUGGCCGCGAGAUCGAAGUUACACACGAAGCCCUUCUCCAAGAAGUCCCAAGAGGAGCUCUAAGAUUGUUGUGGAAAAAUUAACUAAGAAUGUGACUGAAGGACACCUGUACGAUAUUUUUGGGACCUUCGGGACUAUCCAAAAUGUCGACCUUCCUCUGAAUAAAACAUUCAUGACGAACAGAGGCACCGCUUAUAUCCUAUUCGAGAAUUCCGCAGACGCUGAGGUAGCAGUAUCCAGCAUGCACGAAGCGCAGGUUGAUGGAGCCAUUCUGAAGGUUUCUAUCGUCUUACCUCGACGAGCAUUUUCAAGGAGUCCGCCACCUGCGAGACGGCCUGCCGCGGACGAUGGGGUGUUUGCGCCGGGUAGACAAUCAUUUCACCAUGACCAUCAUGCUGGUGGAUUUUCUCGUGCGUCACCACCCAGGCGACGGUCUCCAAGGCGCCACGCUAAUGGCAACGCACCAUCACGACACGGCACGUACCGUCCCCCGUCGUUGUCACGAUCUCCGUCCCCGCGACACUCGAGACACCGGUCUCACUCGCCGGCCUCUAGCCCUGGGUCUCCUGCACGAAGAAGAGACUCCAGGAGAAGCCCAAGGCAUCGCCGGCGGAGAAGUCCGAGUUACAGUAGCUACAGUGCGAAAGGUGGCUACAGCAGUCUCUCCGACAGAAGUCGAAGCCCAAGUCGAAGCAGAGGACAGAGACCAGCUCCCAGACGGAGAUAGAGUUUACUUCUAACUUUCAAAGGAAUGAUCCUAGGUAGGUAUUGGAUCAAAUCUCUGGCGUAUAGGAGCGCCAAACAAUCGAGAAUUCUAGUGCAUCCCUGACUACUCUUU